AUGUUUGAUCUAAUUGCUUUGCUCUCGUUGUUGUUGUUGGGUACCGCGCUUGCCAUUCAGAUUUCCACUAUUAGCUUCAGUGACCUUUCAAUUGAAUCUCUCAGCUCUCAAAAACUUCCACAGAAAAUUUGGAAGCUUUCUUUCAAUUUCAAGUUAGAGGCUGCCAAUACUGUUUCUCAAGAUGACUAUUUCCUGCUCAAUUUGCCUCAUGUUUACAGAAUCAAAUUCGGCGAUAACAACGACUAUCAAUACAUUACUAUGGCUGACGGUUCACAAGCCUUCAGAUGCUAUGCUUCGCAACAAGCGGCCUACAAAUUUGAGGAUACGAUUUUAAGGUGCGACGCGGUUACUAAUCUCACUUUUUUCUCUUCGUUGACUGGAAGUUUGACUGUGGGCAUCGUUUUCAGCAAUGGCGGCUCUUCUUACCAAUAUGAAUUGAGCAACGCCAAAUACUUCGCUGGUGGACAGCAAACCAUUGAUUUUGGAAACGGGAUGAGUGCUUCAACAAACUUUGGUUCUGCUCCAGCUUUCGAUGGGUACUACUACGAAGGCCAUACUACGACCUAUGGUACUAUGGAGUCAUAUUAUCUUGGGUUCACCUGCCCCGAUGGUUACAUUCUAGGGGGAAGUCAAAUUAUCGAUUAUAAUCCAGACGGUGCGACUGGAGGCUUUGAUUGUGCCAGCGCUCAGGUGCAAGUAGCCGAGGACUUCAAUGAUUGGUUUUUCCCAACUAGCUUCCAAGAAUUUGAGGGCGACUUUUUUUGCAACGGAGCCACUCUUUCCCUCUCCUUCGAAAAGAUCGAUCCCAGCUACCGAAUUUGGGUCAAUAACUUGCAAUCUCUCGAUGAUUCCGCAUCAAGGGUAGUGCACAGUGUUUCCCUCGACUAUACAUGCACCAAUACAAUGUCAAAUAAGACUUACACUACCACUGCUAAUCAGUCCCCUGUUUUUGUUAUCAAAGACGGAACUUUCACAGGCAAUGGAACAGCUACAGGAUAUGCCAACUCAAUAUCUACUACUACGACUACGACUACAACUGUUUGGACAGAAAGCUAUACUACUACAACAACGGGGUCCAUAGGCUCGGGAGCCACUGUUGUAACUAUUCAUAUAGAUUUCCCAAGCUCCUUGACUAAUUCCAGCUUGUCUGUGGUGUCCUCAAGCCUCUCGACUAUCUCUGGCUUAUCGGUGGUACCAUCAAGCCCCUCAACUAGGUCAGUGGCAGGAUCUUCGCAACCGUUAAGCUCUCUAUUCAAAUCAACGACUACCUCAACUGUUGAAUCCUGUUCUGAUCGGGCAUGUUCAUUGCUCCGCAGCUCAUCAUCAGCAUCUUCAUCCUCUCUUCCCAGCGCGCUGACAGCGAACUCUUCCACAACUAUCAUUUCUUCAUUGACGUCAGCAUCUCCUAUGUCACUACCAGCGUCGAUGGCCACUCCAUGCUCCACAUUCAUAUCAUCCUUUGUUUCGUCGCUGAAACCCACCACGCCUUCAAUUUCCAUGACUUUAACUUCUUCAUCCUCUUCGCAUGAUUCAAAGAACACGAAUAGAGCUUCAUCGGCAUCAAACAGCGCAUUUCCAAGCUCGAACAGCAAUUCUUCUGUAUUCACCGCCUCUUGCUCCGACUCGUUUUGUUCGUCUUCCACGUUAUCCCUGGUUAGUUCAACACCAAGAGCGCCCUUGCAUACUGAGGCAACGACUACACACACCUUAACGUCAUGUUCAAAUGGCAUUCACUCCUCGUCUAAAGCAACUUCAUCAGUCUCUUCCAUCGCGACAAUGUCGUCACUUUCAGUUUCACAUCCAGGAUUAUCGAGCCUCUCCUCUCAAACGUCAAGUUCCAGGUCAUCGUCAUCACAUCCUAGUGAAUUAAAUCCAAAUUCUUUUACUUCAAGUAUCUUUUCUUUCACAUCAAGUUCCAGCAGGUCAUCAUCAAUGUCAACUUCUUCAACGCCAGACAGAUCUUCAACUACGCUGGUAAAGCUUCCAUCGGGCUCAUCGCUGAUGUCGGGGUUGUCGUCUUCACCUGCGGCAUCAUCAAUGUUGCUACUCGUGCAAAGUUCGCCUGUCUCAUUAGAUACCACCUCCAGUAUUCCUUCUUCAACGUUAACCGUACCAAGUACACCGGCAUCUGCGAAUUUGUCAGCAGGCACAUAUCAGCCUUCAGUCUCGGCCGGCAAUUCAGCAGCAUUGGUUUCAAGCAGCGGAUACACAUCGUCAGGUCAACAGUCUUCCGUACUUACUGAAAGUUUGUCAUCAACUACUGUGCCGCCAUCUCAGAUAAGAACACAGCCGCUACCCAGUAUCGAAUUGUCUUCCAGUUCGUUAUACAACACGAAAAGAUUGGAUUCGGCACCAGCUGUGAUCAUACCAUCAACUUCCAUCACCUCCUCCAGUUCCUUGGCAACGAGUAUACAGACCACAGCUCUACCUGUUUCGGAAGCCGGAACUUUAAGUGCAAGAAACACGACAAUAGAUGGGACCGCAACCGUCUCUGUUAACAUGACUAUGGUAUCUUCGAGUCUUUCAAGGCCUAGCUCUGUAAGUCUACCAGUGUCAGCUCCCAAGGGGGCUGUACCUGACUCAACUUCAACCUCAACACCGGAGUGUGCCGCCACUUCCAGAUUUCUAGGAACUGUAGCCGCUUCUGAGAAUUCGUUUUCUACCACCUUGAGUACAAUCCCACAGCAUAUCAAUGGCUAUACCUCAUCAAACGGUCAGGCUGUAUCCUCCUCGCUAAGCUUAUAUUUGAUACCGUAUCAGUCAACUUAUGAAGGUUCGGGAAGCCGGAGAAGCGCUGAAGGUGUAAGCAUCACAUUACUAACUAUGAUGCUUUACCUCUUGGUUUGA